AUGGAUAUGGAACACAAGACCCAGAGAGUGCACUGUUUGGUCUUGGCAUAUCCACAUCAAGGACACAUAAACCCCAUGCUUCAAUUCUCCAAGCGUUUGCAGCAUGAUGGGGUGAGAGUAACACUAGUCACAAGCCAUUUCUACUGCAAGACCCUUCCCAAGUUACCUGGUUCCAUCACUCUUGAGGGAAUUUCUGAUGGGUUUGAUGAUGGUGGGUUUGCAGAAGCAGAGAGUAUCAAGGCCUACUUGGACAGGUUUUGGAAAUUUGGGCCACAAACAUUAUCAGAACUACUUGAGAGACUCAUUAGUUGUGGCAACUCAAUUGACUGUGUUGUGUAUGAUUCCUUCCUACCUUGGACUCUUGAUAUUGCCAAGAAACAUGGGUUAACUUGUGCUGUUUUUCUCACACAACCUCUCUUUGUUAACUGUGUGUAUCAUCAUGUUCAAAAGGGAAAUUUGAAACUUCCCUUGGCCAACCACAAUGUUAUUUCUUUGCCAGGGUUGCCACUUCUUCAACCAUUUGAUUUGCCAUCUUUUAUAUAUGACUAUGGUACAUAUCCUGCAUCUUUUGACCUUGUUGUAGGGAACCAGUUCUCCAACAUUGAAAAGGCUGAUUGGAUCCUUUGCAAUACUUUCUAUGAACUGGAGAAAGAGGUAACAGAUUGGUUGAUGAAGCUCUGGCCAAAGUUGAAGACAAUUGGGCCAACUAUACCAUCUAUGUUUUUGGACAAGCGAGCUAAAGAUGAUGAUGAGUAUGGCUUCAGUCUCUUCAAGAGUGAAGAAUGUGUGGAAUGGAUGGAUAAGAAGCCGAAGGGGUCCGUUGUUUAUGUCUCGGUUGGGAGUUUUUCAAUCCUUAGUGAGGAGCAAAUGGAGGAACUGGCUUUUGGAUUGCAGGAGAGUGGUUGUCACUUCUUGUGGGUGGUUAGGGCUACUGAACAGGGAAAGAUUCCAGAAGGCUUUAGGAGAAAUUCAGAGAAAGGUUUGGUAGUAACAUGGUGCUCUCAAUUGAAAGUAUUAGAACAUGAGGCCGUAGGAUGCUUUGUGACACAUUGUGGAUGGAACUCCACGUUGGAAGCUUUGAGCUUAGGAGUUCCAAUGAUUGCCAUGCCACAGUGGACAGAUCAAACCACAAACGCAAAGCUUAUUGAAGAUAUUUGGGAAACAGGCCUAAGAGUUUCAGCUGAUAACAAAGGGGUUUUCAGAAGGGAAGCUCUGAAACAUGCUAUAAAGGAAAUUAUGGAGAGUGAAAUAGGAAUAGACAUAAAGAGAAAGGCCAUCCAGUGGAAGAAUUUGGCAGCAAAAGCAGUUGACGAGUGUGGAAGUUCUCAUAUGAAUAUUAGAGAGUUUAUGGAUACCUUGGUUUGUUCAAAAUGA